CUACCAACACACUCCGAACACACUGACUGCCUUUCUGAACUCUGUGCUGAUACUGCAGAGAGAGAGGGAGAGAGAGAAAGAGUAGUUUUGAUUUAGUUUCCGUGGUUGAUCAGCUAGAGUGUUAGUUGUUACUUUAGUUUUUUUGCAAUUGCAUUGGGACAUUUGGCAUGACAGCUAGCCAUCUCUUAGGACUUCUACGUCAGUCUUUCAGAGUGGUUUAGCAUUGCUGCUGGUCAUUCAGCUAGCUAUCUUUCAAGACUACUACAGGAGUUUCAGAGUGGUUUAGCAUUGCUGCUGCUGAUUCAGCUAGCUAUCUUUCAAGACUACUACAGGAGUUUCAGAGUGGUUUAGCAUUGCUGCUGCUGAUUCAGCUAGCUAUCUCUCAGGGCUACUACAGGAGUUUCAGAGUGGUUUAGCAUUGCUGCUGGUCAUUCAGCUAGCUAUCUUUCAAGACUACUACAGGAGUUUCAGAGUGGUUUAGCAUUGCUGCUGCUGAUUCAGCUAGCUAUCUCUCAGGGCUACUACAGGCGUUUCAGAGUUUUUUAGCACUGUUGCUGGUUCAGAAGGUGGUUAGAGCAGCAUGGCUGAAUCUGCUCCCAUGAAGGUGUCCAAGUCGUUCUUGGAGGAUGACCUCUGCUGUCCUGUGUGCUGUGAGGUCUUCCAGGAGCCUGUCCUUCUAGCCUGCAGCCACAGCGUCUGCAAGACCUGCCUGGAGAAGUUCUGGGAGACAAAGUCAGAACCGGAGUGCCCCAUGUGUCGGAGCCGCUGUUCCAAGAAGUACCUAAUCAACCUUGCGCUCAGGAACCUGUGUGAGACGUUCUUGGAGGAGAAGAACCAAGAUUCUGCGUUGGGGUCAGGCUCUGAGGUGCUCUGCAGUCUGCACGGCGAGAAAUUCAAGCUCUUCUGUCUGGACGAUAAGCAGCCAGUAUGUGUGGUGUGUCGAGACUCUAGCAAACACACACAUCACAUCGUCAUUCCCAUCGAUGAGGCGGCACAGCAGCUUAAGGAUGCAGUCAGACUCAAACUGGAGCCCAUAAGGAAGAAGCUGAAGACCUGGGAGGAUGUUAAACUGACCCUGGACCAAACGGCUCAGCACAUUAAAGUACAGCUGGAAAAUACAGAGACACAGAUCAAGGAGGAGUUUGAGAAGCUUCACCAGUUUCUACGAGAUGAAGAGGGAGCCAGGAUAGCUGCACUGAGGGAGGAAGAGGAGCAGAAGAGUCAGAUGAUGAAGGAGAAGAUUGAGAAGAUGGGCACUGAGAUCUUAUCCAUUUCAUAUAAAAUCACCACCAUAGAGGAGGAGCUGAAGACUAACGACAUUCUCUUUCUGCAGAACUAUAAGAGCACAGUGGAAAGAGCCCAGUGCACACUGCAGGAUCCAGAGAGGGUUUCAGGAGCUCUGAUCAAUGUGGCAAAGCACCUGGGCAACCUGAAGUUCAGAGUCUGGGAGAAGAUGCAGGAGAUUGUUCAAUACACUCCUGUAACUCUUGAUCCCAACACUGCACACCCAAAUCUCAUCCUGUCCGAGGAUCUGACCUGUGCUCGGGUCAGCCAGGAGAGACAGCAGCUUCCCGACACCCCGGACAGAGUGAAUGUGGACCCCAGUGUCCUGGGCUCCGAGGGCUACAGCUCCGGCACCCACUGCUGGGAUGUCCAGGUGCCCCAGAAUGGGGACUGGCUCCUGGGCCUGCUGACCGCGUCCGCCCAGAGGACAGGGGACGUCCACGCCAGGCCUGGGGUCUGGUACAUGGGUCACAUGGGGGACACCUACUCCGCAGGCUCCACACCACAGCCCUCCACUCUACUCACCGUGACCCAUGACCCUCAGAGGGUCAGAGUGCAGCUAGACUGGGACAGAGGGAAAGUCACCUUCUCUGACCCUGAUAGUAACGUCAAUCUACACACUCUCAGACACGUUUUCACUGAGCGAGUGUUUCCGUACUUCAACACGGGGCUCGUUCCGUUGAAGAUCUUACCAGUGAAGACAUCUUUGAUAACAGAGCAGCAGCACAAACUGAAAGAGAGACGUACACACAAACACAAACUGAAAGAAAGGCAUUUCUCUUUAACACACGAAACUCGUUAAUGUGUUAGGUACAAAACAACAUGAUAAACAAGCACAUUGUCAUUCCCACUCAGGCCAUGUUCCAAUUAAGCAGUUAGAAAUAAAUAACUAUUUUUAUAUUUUGCCUUUCUUAGAGUUUCAGAAGUGUGUUUUGGUCAGGGUGACCAUUUGGUAAAUUAUAUUUUAAUUAUAUAUUAUAUAUUUUAAAAUUACCUGGCUUAAUGAUGAGACCGCUUUUGUCUUCCAUAAUGAUAGGCUAAAUGUGUAUUUGGGAGCCAGGUAGCAAUGCAGUACAGACACCCAGAGAAGUUUAACUGAAAAAGACUGUUUGUCAACUACAUAGCUUGCUAUAAGUUUUGCAAAUGCAACUCUGCCAUUUAAACCAUUUAGCCUACAUGUAUUUAUUUGUUUGUUUAGCUAGUCAGGAACUAUGGCAACCACCAGGAGGCAGUCUGGUGCAUAGCCUGCAGCAAAGUUCAGUUGAGGCAGUUUCUCAAAAUCAGCUCAGCAAUAACACACUACCUUACGACCAUGCUUACAACCACUUGUAGAUAAUGUUAAAUGCCUACAUAUAAAUGGGAUGACCGGUUACUCUGGUAAUGUUUUGCUCAAUGUAUUGAGCCCUUGAACUCUUUCCCCUUUACCUCUAUACUUAGUGUUCUGCCCAAAUAAGUUGUGUGUGCUAAAAAGACAUGUUGUAUUUUUCUAUGUUAAGGUCAUUUAUGUAGUUGUAUUGUUGCUAUUGUGGGGCUUUUGUUCUGACACUGAUUGCUAUUGGGUAGAUCGGAACGUUAGAAGGAAGUGGUAAGAAAGCAGGAAGAAUAAGAACGUAAACAAAUGCAUGGUUGCUACUAUUUUACCUCGUGUGUAAAAUCUCUUUUAAUCCGUUGGAUUGAGCCUUCAGAAAGCAAUGACU